AUGAGCAACCCAAUCCCAACCCCCAUCGUCCCCCAACCAAACGUCCCAAUCUACCAUCUCAAAGCGGAAGCUGGCGAGGUGAUAACGCUCGGAAGUGUUAAAUUGAGGGUUAUGGAGGAUGGAAGUCGGACUGAUAACCGUAUCUCAACAGUAGAAGGGAUUGUCCCAGCGCAUAUGAAGGGGCCACCGGCUCAUUGGCAUGAGAUGCAUGAUGAGACAUUUUUGGUCACGAAAGGAGUCCUAACCUUCUGGGUCCCCGCCAACCCCUCCACCCACGAACCCGCCAUUCGCAUCGACGCCGCAGCCGGCGACUACAUCGUCGUUCCUACUCGUGCUCCUCACACAUUCAGUAAUGAAACUGAUCAGGAAGCACGAUUUUUCAAUACUUUUACGCCUGCAUUCUAUAUACACUACUUCAAACUUCUAGCAUCGCUAAUGGAGGAAGGGAAGGAGAUGACGCCAGAGGUUAAUGCGGCGGCGAUGGCGUAUUAUGCUACGAUUCCUGUGGGGAAGAGUAAGUAA